AUGAAGUCCUUCUCAAGCGUAACACGAGUUCGAGGCAGUCAUUUUUUUUGUCCCUUGGUUGCACUGCCUGCGAGUUGCAUCAUAUCCCUUUCUACAACUUUUGCAGAAUCAAAUUUGACAUUCUUCUGCCACUCACGAACUUUUAAAAAGACUACUUACUACUUGCUUGAUAUUUUUUAUACGUCGGUGAAAAUGUUGGAACACAAACCAGCCAAGGUAUUCUGCAUUGUGGGCACCUUAAUUGUGUUCAUUGUCACUGUAGCUUUAAAUGCCCUGUCUAGCCAACCAGACUACAGUUCAGGUAUCUUCACAAAUACAAUAAGUAAUGUGUCGGACCGAUAUUCCACUGGGAUCACCCCCUCCAGCUGGACUUUCUCAAUUUGGAGUGUCAUUUAUUUCUGGAUGGCUCUGUGGAUUGCUUACUGUCAAGUAGCCAUCUUUAUCAAACCUGGCGGUGACUACCUCUACAAAGAUCCUGCAUUCAUGUCUUGUACGUUCUUCUUUCUCUACAUCAUCAACCUGUUCUUGAACAUCAUCUGGAUUGUCCUCUUUGACCGGAUUUAUUUUAUUGUCUGCUUCUUUGUAAUCCUCUUUAUGGUCCUUUCCGCCUAUGCCUGCAUUGGUAUGUGCUCCUACUCUCUGGCUCAAAAUCUAGAUGAACUCACUGUCGAGAAUUUGGGCUAUCACAUCUGGCUGAUCCGUUUCCUAGUACAAAAUGGCAUUGCAGUCUACGCUACUUGGUUAACUGUAGCCACACAUCAAUUUUGA